AUGCUUCCAUAUGCGUUAUUGCUCUCCCUGCUGCCCUUGUGCGUUAUCGCCCAAGACGGUGCAAUCUCUGGCCCCACGACGAGUCCCUCAGCAGCAGGCUAUUCAUGCGAUCCGACAAAGUGCAAGCUGCCCGACUGCAACUGCGCGAGCACCGACCCGCCAGGUGGACUCAAACCGUCGGACGUCCCACAGUUCAUCGUCUUCACUGCCGAUGAUGCAGUCCAGUCCUACACCCUCGACUCGGUCAACCAAUUCAUAGGCCAACGCGUAAAUCCCAACGGCUGCCCAAUCAAAAUGACCUAUUUCACCUCGCUCAGUUACACCAACUACACUUUGGUCACUGAUUGGUAUGUCGCGGGCAACGAAAUUGCUGAUCACACCAUGACCCAUGUCGGCACACCAUCGGCGCAGGAAAUAAACGGAAACCUCAUCGCUCUAAAUGCUCUUGCUGGUAUUCCAUUAUCCGACAUCAAAGGCUUCCGCGCACCAUUCCUCAAUUACUCCGUGGACACUCUGAAGCUCCUAGCCCAGUCCGCAUUUACCUAUGAUUCCAGUGCAGCAGCGUCUAUUCCCGUCACGGAUCCUAACACCGACGCGUAUUGGCCCUACACGCUAGAUAACGGCAUGGCGAACAAUUGCCUAUCCGUCCCUGGAACAUGUCGUGGUGAACCGAAAUUACCAGGCUUCUGGGAAAUACCAAUGUAUGCGUUCUUUGAUGAGCGAGGAGUAGUCGGUCCCCACUUGAUGGAUCCUUGGCUGGAUGCUGCAAACGGAGCUAGCACAGUCAAUGACACCGCGACUCUGGAAUACAUGAAGAAAACGUUCACCGACCAUUACAACGGAAAGCGUCAACCAAUUGGAUUGUACACCCAUCCUAUUCAUUUAUCAAGGACAUAUCCCGGCGUCAAUGCGCCAAUGUCGACGAUUAACAUGAUUAACGCCUUCUUGGACUGGGCACAACAGCAGCAGAACGUCUGGAUCGUUUCCAACCUUCAACUCUUGGAAUGGGUACGAAACCCAGUUCCUGUAUCCCAGCUCAGCAACUUCGCCCCUUUGAAGUGCACGACACCACAAGUGGACUCGAGCGCCCAGAUUUGCAACGGUAUUCCUAAGAAUGAAAAUGGCCUUCUUUCGCAUUGUGCGUUCUCGGAUUUCCCUUUCUACACCUGCUAUGGCUGCCCAACCGAGCAUCCCACUCCUGACCAGCCUAACCCACCCCAGGACACCUCCCAAGGACAGCCUGAACGCCACAGACUCCCUGCCAACUGUUCAACGCCUUUCUGGGAUCCCAUUGCUGGAAAGUGUCUGUGCACGGCCAGUACUUGCACGUUCACAGACCUGUCGCGUCCCAUCGGACCAAAUGGUGCCAACUUGACAGGCGGAGGAACGGGCGACGCGUUCAACCAGCCAGAUUCGUUGCCAUCCUAUACACCAUUCAGCGCUGGGACGCCGUCAGCAUUGCUAGCUGCCGGAGCAUGGCCUGCGCUCUUCAUCAGCGCCUUGGGCGCGCUCGUUGGUUUGCUUGGGGUCAUGGCCAGGCUUUGA